AUGACUGACAGCAGUGACGACGAUGGGGGAAAUAGUGAAACCUGUUGGGUUUAUUUUCCAACUAAUUGGGAUUGGUGGAAUGCAGGUCGUGCAGUGCAAUCUAGCCACUAUCUCGAUCGUUACUACAACUUUCCGCCAUCAGUAGCGACAGAUGGAGAUGAAAAUGCGUCGGAAGGAAUCUCAACACCGACAUCGACGCAAGAUAUCAUCGUCAAUGAUGACCGGAGCCUGCAGAAUGGUACAGAAAAGAUAUUAAACAUGGACUGUAAAGCUGACGUAGUAUUGGCAACGGAAUGCUAUAGCGUGGAUGCAGGUGGACCUUCAACGCCGACAUCGACUCAAGAUAUGAUCGUCAAUGAUGAUCCGAGCCUACAACGGUCGCUAUCAAGACAAGAAUUAUGCCAUGAAAUGGAGGACCUUCAUCAAGCGCCGGAUGAACGGACUAUCAAUCAACAAUCACAAAUUUCAGUUGCCGAGUCCACUCAGAUGUUAGAUCAUUCGCCAUUAAAUACUCCCCGUGAAGACGGAUCGCCUGUUAUUUUGAAUGUAGACUCGGAUGUUGGUUCCUUAUUUGGCAUUAACGAUCAGGAAGAGGAAACACAUCAAUGUAGCGGUAAUAUUAGUUGGAAUGGCUCCCCUGAUCCUAUUGACAGUUCGCCAUCCUCACGUAAAUACCGACAAGGCCCGCAGGAUACGGAAAUUAUAAAUCUUGCUUCUACUGAAUUUCAGGUCGAUGAAUUGAUUAAAAAUACCUACCCAAAUCAGAACAGUACUCCAAAUUUUAAUGUCUCAAAGUAUAACAAUGGACGUAGCGAUGACGAGCAUUCUGAAGCAUUUUCUUUGGCUUCCAAUAUCACCAAUACUAAUGACGCAAAUGUUAAUGUUGAACCGCGAUUUUCGACACCUUCCGGCAGCGAUAUGGAAGAUGGCAUAAAAUCUGAUGAUACUUCGCUAUAUCCGUUUUCAGCCAUGAAAAGGCGUAAUUGUCAAGAAAAAAGGGGUUACAGUGAUGCUAUUAAGAUUAAAAGUAAAUCGUUUUCAAGAGAACCAACCUUUACCAACAACAACGUUCGAUUCAAAGAAGAUCUAAGAAAAAGAAUCAGUGCAACUGCAUCAGCGAACAGCCAGGAUAAGAUUCCAUCGAUAUUUUCAAGGCUUGACGUAGGAGUAAUUUAUGACUGA